GAAUCUACCAUUUACACAACGAUCUGGUAGUUGGCCUCCCUCAGUUCUAGAAACCCUUCAACUCAGUCCCAUAUCUCCAUCAACCUACCACAAUGCCCCUCGCAAAGCCCUCAAACAUCAACACCCCCGUCCUCUCCCAAUUCAACCUCACCGGAAAAACCGCCGCAGUAACCGGCGGAGCGCGAGGAAUCGGCCUCGAAGUCGUCCGAGCCCUCGCAGAAGCCGGCGCCUCCGUCGCCUUAAUCUACACAGCCUCAAGUAACGCUGUAGAAACCGCAUCAAAAAUCUCUUCCGAAACCGGCCAAAAAGUCGUGGCCUACAAAUCCGAUGUUCGGGAUAAAGAUACCAUUACCGCAACGAUCAACCAAAUCGCCCAAGAUUUCGGGGGUGGUUUGGAUAUUUGUGUUGCGAAUGCGGGGAUUGCGAGCCAUUUUGAGGGGUUGGAGUAUACGGCUGAGCAAUGGAGGGAAAUCAUGAGGGUGAAUCUUGAUGGGGCGAUGUUUACUGCGCAAGCUGCGGGCAAGAUUUUUCAAACGCAAAAGCAAGGGGCCGGGUUCGGGGCGGGAUCGAUGAUUUUUACGGCUUCGGUUUCGGCGCUUUUGGUGAAUGUGCCGCAACGACAGGCUGCGUAUAAUGCUUCGAAGGCUGCGGUUGUGCAUUUGGCCAAGUGUCUCGCUGUGGAGUGGGUGGAUUUUGCGAGGGUGAAUUGUAUUAGUCCGGGUUUUAUUGAGACGGAGAUGUUGGCGGUGCAUCCGAAGGAGUGGAGGGAUCAUUGGAGUCUUUUGGUGCCAGCCGGGAGGAAUGCUGAGGCGGCGGAACUCAAGGGGGCGUAUGUUUUUCUUGCGUCGCAGGCUUCUUCGUAUAUGACUGGGGCGAAUAUUGUCAUUGAUGGGGGGUAUACACUUCCGUAGAAAGGGAGGUGAGAUGCUGAAGUUGUGGUUCUUUCGAUUCUGUCACACGUCAAUUUUAUGCGAGAAUGUGUACGCAUCG